UAGAAGCGGAGCUAGGCUGGCAGGGUGGGUGGGUGAGAGCGCGUGAGCUCGGGCAGGUUGCUCUCCCGCGAAGGGCAACGCAAUCCCAGCCCGUCUCUGCUGUGCUUGGGACUUGCCAGCGCGCCCGGAGCCGCUCCUUUGCUCUGCCUCCCGGGCGACGGAACCUGUCCGCUCCCUGCUACUCCCACCCCGCCACCAUGUCCAACGUGCACCUCUCCAGCGCCUCGGCUCUAGAGCGCCUUGCGGCGCGCCGGACUUUCCCCCUGCACGCUCGCACCGGGGUCUGCAGGAAUCUCUUUGGCCCCGUGGACCACGACGAGCUCAACCGGGAGCUGAAGAGCAAGUUGCGGGAGAUCUGCGAGGACGACCAGAAGCGCUGGGACUACAACUUCCAGACCGAGACGCCGCUGGCUGGCCCGGGCAGGCUGCAGUGGGAAGAGGUGGAGGGCGACUCCGUGCCUGCUUUCUAUCGGGAAACGCUACAGGUUGGGAGGUGCCGCUUCCCGGUGCUUGUGAUCCGAUCCAAGCCUCCGCUUGGGAGCGCGGACGUGCCUCCCGCUAUAGACCCCAGAGACUGUCUCCAGGCAACGGACGGAUCUUCUCCCCCCUCCCCGCUUAGCCCUCAGGGCAAGACGGUCGCUUUGGAAAGCACUAUGUCGGGGGGCGAGGAGGAGCGCCUCAACCAGGAGAACAGAACCGAUCAGCUCAACAACUACUCAGGGAUUAUAAUCAAACCUGUACCGUGUGCGGCUGUGGCUCUGAAGCGGGCAGCGUCAGGAGGCGUCGCUCACAUCACAGAUUUCUUCGCCAAGCGGAAAAGAGUCGUAGACUCAAAACUGGCUGGGGAUCAUCCGAGCGCGUUGCCAGCUUCGGUCGCCGCUGUUCCCACUGAGCAGACACCCCGGAAAAGGCUCCGAUGAACGAGACUUUUGCACUAGAACACUGAAGUGACGUUGCCUUGGCUUCUUGGGAGCGCAGAGCUUGAGGCCCUCCCUCUCCACACCUUAAAGGGACUGGCAGAGAGACCUGAGUUGGGGACAGAAGAGCAGCGUCCUCUGUUCCUCCUCUUCCACUUGUGCCCAAGAAGGAACUGCUUGUACCUCCAUGUAGCAAAAGUGGCUCUGACUACAAGCCACCUGACGGAGCAGUGUUAAUUUACAACUGUGCAAUGUAUUACGUUUUAUAUAAAAAAUGUAUUAUGCCUAAUGUGAGUACACUGGCCAAAAGUGUAAAAGCUUUAAAGUCAUUUAUAUAAAUGUUUAAUCUCUGCUGAUUUCUCAGUGCAAAAAAUGUAUAUUUGUAAAAAAAAAACAACUUAAGAGUUAUACUAACUUAUAUUUUCUAUUUAUGUCAAAAAGGUGGAUAACUUUGGUUGACACCCAGUAGUCUUUGUUUUUUCCCCUUAUUUGGUUAAGCCAAAGGGCACUAUAUUUGCUUUUUUAUUUACAAAAAUGUAAGUUUAUUUUUAUAGAGGGUUUUUUGCAUUCACAAAAUGUAGCUAUGAAUCAAAAUUACUUUUUAGAUAUUACUUGAAAAUAAUUCUGAUACAAUGGUUCCUGAGCCGGUCUGUACCACUGCCAUUGCAAAUUUAUGCCACAAUGUUAAAAUAAAAAGGAAUCAAAGUUCA